CAUAAUUGCUUAAUGGGAAACAUAGACGACAAACUCUACAAAGGCUAAGAUAAGUGGGAAAUUUCGAACAUCUCCGCGGGAAAUCAAAACACUAACGACAACAUAAUGGCAGAUGAAAGCGAGUCUAUGGAUACAACGAAAGACGAAUCACAGAAGCCAGAGUCACUAGGACGAAUGCAGAUUCUUAAUAAUGCGUUGACACAGGCCAGGAAAAAGAUUAUUUCAUCUGCAAAGUUACAGUUAUUUCAAAAGCAUCUUCGUCCCAUUCACAAGAAGAAUCCUGAAGUCCUCAAAAAGAUGCAUUUACAGCUUACGAAGCAGCUAGACUGUCACAUUAGUGAGGAAGUAAUGUUGAUGUUUGCUGAAGAACAGAUGGAGAAAAUACUAGAUGACCUGGAUGGAAUUAUCGCCAGUCAGAAAGACAAUAAAGAGCUGGCAUGGCGACCUUCAGGUGACCCCCAGCAAGACAGUCAGGUACACAAUAUCCCAAUCAAAGAGAAACAGAAGGCACAGCUUCAGCAUGUCAUCACCCAGCUGGAGCACCAGAACACCCUGCUCAGGGACCACGUGGCUCUGCGACAGAAAAAGCUCCUUGGCACCAAACGCACAGUGGACAACGGUAUUGACAAGUGGAGACAGAUAAAUGAAGCAGCAACAACAAUUCCUGCUAAUGAUCUCGAACAAUUUGUUAAAAAAUAUGGCACGAUUGUGUGACCUCCACCUGACCUUGGAUAUCUCUUAGAAUUUGGUGCUGUGAACCUGACGAGCUACGUGUAAGUUGGUGGAGAACCAUUAAAAAGUCGUUCUCAGUAAUAAAGCAAGGGUGUUUCUGGUUCUCUGCCCAUUCACUGAGAAGACAUUUGUAUGUGUCUGACAGUAAUCAUGUGUAAUGCAUAUGUGGCCAUCAGCUUACAGGAUUUGAUGAUUUUCUGAUGCAUGCAAUAUAGUGAACACUGAAGGCAACUUUGAUAAGGUUUUCAUCAAGUUAAUAGCUGUCACUGGCUUUCUUAUCUUGCUGUCGUAAGCGGGUAGACUAAUGUGCUUACAUAACAAAUAGUUAAAGGUAUUUCUACUUAUUUAUAAUAAGAUAUAAAUAAACUUUUAUAUCUUUCUAAUGAACAUGUCCUUUUAUACGCAUGUGAUGUUACGUUUGAUUUUUAACUAAUUGUUAUAUUUGAAGGGAAAGGUUUGGAUGUUUUUUAUUGUACAGUUAUCAAGAAAUAUUAUGACUGGGAAAUGACUUCUCAAUGAUUGUCAGAUGAAAACAAUACACACUGAAAAUAUAAUUUUCAAAGAGUACGAUGACAAUGUAAGAAUGUAAAUGGAAUACUACAACACAUGUUAUAAUCUCAUAUUUUUUUUCAUCUUUCAUUUUCUUUUAGAAAAUGGCAAUUGGUCGAACAGAUUCUUCUAAAUGAAAGAAUCGACAUUUUCUAGCAUGAUAUUUACUUUUUUUUUCCAUGUGGAAUAAGAAAGCUAUUGUUUUAGCACCCCAGUUAUUUUCGAUGAACAACUGUUGUAUUACCUUGCAUGCAAUUUAGAGUUGGACGUUGCCAAACAUUGUACACAUUGAUUAUCAGUACAUGUAUAUUUGGAAGUGUGUAUAGGUUAGGGGUGUCGCAAUACGCCGAGAGUGUAUCACGAUUUAUCACAUACCUGUUGAAUCUUGUUAUAGUAAUACAAGCAAUUUUCGGACCAUGAAUUACAACAUUCCGUAUUGCACAUGUGUUGUAUUUACCUACUAGCCGAAACUACCACGACGUAAACAAAACAGCAGGUGGCAAAAGGCAUGUGGAAAAAGUCUUCCCGGUCAAAGUUCAUCUUCUCGACCAAUCAAAACUCUUGAAGGUCAUAUACCACGUGUGGUAUAUAACACAUAUUUAUCAAUCUCAUUAAAAUCUGAUGUUAUUGAAAAUACCUACGGCUUUUCAUGCGGUACGUGAUAAUGAACAGCUGUAUUUAUUCAGAUUGCAUAUUUAUCUAACAGUCUGCGUGUUUAUACAAUGAUCUGAGAGUGGAAUAACACAGCGUAUUGUGGUAGAAAUAGAUUUAAGUAAUAUGGUGUACAUAGAUUUAAGUAAUAUGGUGUACAUAGAUUUAAGAUUUUUGUCAAACCAUUAAAAGCAUGCUUUAUGCUUAUUGGCAUACUUGUUAGAAUUUGUAAUAAUUUGCAAAGUUACAACACCAAGCAGAUACAUAAGAAUAGGCUUAUUAGAAAUAUUGCGAUACAGCAAUAGUUCAUCUCUGUAUGGUGGUACGAUACGAUAUACCCAUGUAUUGCGAUAUACCUGUUUCCCGAUAUAUUGUGACAGCCCUCAUAUAGGUCGUGUCCAAUUGUGCAAUGCUUAAUCAUCACUUCCUUAUACAUUCAUAUGCACAAGCCUUGAUACAUUGUAAUAACGUAAUAAUAAUUAAAAUAUAAUGA